ACAAAGAUAACCUAAUAUUUUACGGAAAUAUGGUAUCUGUGGAUAAUUUUAUUAGCUCUAUAUUCUAUUGCUGAAUCCUUUAUAAAUAAUGAAUACUAUAACUAGAAGACUUCUUGUUACAUCUAAUACAUACCUUAAAUUCUUCUGCACAGAAAGCAAUUCAAAACUCAAAAAUCUAGUUACAAAAUCUAAAGUAGUCCUAUUUAUGAAAGGAGUUCCUGAACAACCACAGUGUGGUUUCAGUAAUGCUGUUGUACAAAUUUUGAGAAUGCACGGCGUAGAAUACGAAUCUCAUGAUGUUUUAGAGGAUGAUUCGUUGAGACAAGGAUUGAAAGAAUUCUCUAAUUGGCCCACAUUUCCACAGCUUUACAUAAAUGGAGAGCUUGUUGGUGGUUGUGAUAUUCUUUUAAAUAUGCAUCGGAGUGGUGAAUUAAUUGAAACUCUAGAAAAAGUUGGCAUAAACAGUGCCUUGAAGCAAAGUAGUAAAGAAGAAAAAUGAGUUUACUAAUUACUAGCAUGAAUUAGAAGUUUGUUCCUUAAAUUAAAUUGAUUUAGUCCUUGCA